AUGUCUCGCGCGUUCAUCGUCGCGUCCACGAGCUCCGGGCUCGUCGCGCCUGGGCGCGCGCCCCGCACGCGCCACAGCGGCCCGAAUCCCGUCGCCCUCAAGCCCAUCGGCAGGUCCCCGGCGUACGCCCCCUCCCUGAAGAAAAAAGAAGAUGACGUCGGUGGGUCCAGGAACAAGCCAGGCAUCGCCAGGCUGUUCGGCGGUGGCAACAGCGACAUGAAGGCGAAGGUCGCGCAGCUGGAGUACGAGCUCGAAAACGAGAGGGCGCACGCCUCGGAGCUGGGCGGCAAGCUCCGGGCCGUUGAGGGCGAGCUUGCCAAGGUCAAGGACAGUCUGGACCUGUACAAAGGGCGAUGCAAGGAGCAGGAGAAGGAGAUAUUCAAGCUGGAGAAGAAGAACGAGGAGACGCAGCGGGGUUUCGACACGGGCAUGGCAGUCGCGAAGAAGCAGAUUAAGUACUUGGAGGAGCUGCUCGAGGAGGAGAAGAGGAAGAACCAGUGA